AUGCCUCCGAAGAAGAAGCAUACCCACAAGGCCAGGAAAGCAGAGCUGGUGUUCCUUGAGAGGCCGCGAGAGGGACCCGUCCAGUGCUGUGAAGCUCCACUACACUCGGCUGAGAAUCCCCGACGUGUGCCUACAAAACCUGUGGACGGGAACACCUCUGCUGCCUGGGUGUCCCCACAAUUUGAAACAACCGAGCCAGUGGUGUUGAAAGCACACCAGAAGAAGCACCGUGGUCCUCACAAGUCCCAGAACCAUGAUGCCAACCACAACUUGCUUCAUGCAGGAGGAGCUUGCCGAAGAGCUGUAGCCUGCAAAUUCCCUCCUUUAACUUUUGAGAAUAUAGGACAUGCAGUUCACCUGCCGGAUCAUCCACAUGGCUCUGGGAAGACCAGACAGUGCUCUCACAGCCAGCCCAAAAAAGGCACAGCAGCAAACACCAACAUCCAGGUGAAGAGCCUGGAGAACUGUGGUGAGAUACCUUUGUUACCCACUCCCCAGCCCGUGGAGAGAGAAGUCUUAAGUCUAUUAGAUGCAGAGGCUGGGCAGGAGCCUUCCCUAAAGAACUGGAUAUGCAGCAACACUUUGUCACACGGUAGUCCUGCCUGGCAUCCAGAGAAAGAGCUGGCAUUUGAUACGGAGCCCUGUGGGAGAGCAGUGCCGGCAGCAGUACUGGUCACAGACACUCCCGAGCACGAGUACGGAGUAAAAGUUACGUGGAGGCAGCGACCUCGCCUGAUGAAGUACCUGAUGGCGCGAGGCAAGCUGAGCCCUACCGACAUACUAGUGAAGGCGAACCCCGAACUCCCGACGAGACAGCUCAACAACGCCUAA